AUAAUAAUUCACAAUAAAAAUCAUAAUAACUUUGUGUUUAAUAAGCGAUUGAUUGGAUUAAGUGAUGCCUUUGGCUAAUCUGGUGGUGCCCUGGAGUCAGACCAAUAAGGAUAAUGAGGUCAUAUCUGCGACCCCCAGUCCCGAAGAGGUGCCCUCACAGGUGACCGCCGCUGACGGACAUCACAUCGAAGACGAUAAU